AUAUAAGGCAAGUGGGAAUUGGCUGAGGUACAGUUGUGCUCCCAACGGGUCGGCUGCCACUAUGAAGGUACUCGUGCUGAUUCUUGGCCUGGCCGCCAUGGCCACGGCCCGUGACUUCGACGACACUAUGUUGCUCAACAUGGAUGUCAAAAUGAAGCAAACUUUCAUUCUAAAAUUAUUAAACCACGUUACGGAACCAGUGAUGUACAAAGAAAUAUCUGACAUCGGCAGGACUUUCGACAUCGAGUCUAACAUGCAUUUCUACACAAAAGUCGACGUGGUUAAAGAUUUCUUGAAAUGCCUCAGAGUUGGCAUGCUGCCUCGUGGUGAAAUUUUCACCCUCCACAUUGACCGUCAGCUUAAAGAAGUUGUAUCCAUGUUCCACUUGCUGUACUAUGCCAAGGACUUCACCACCUUUAUCAAGACCGCGUGCUGGAUGCGCUGCUAUCUUAACGAGGGCAUGUUCGUCUAUGCCCUUACAGUAGCUGUCAGGCACCGCGAGGACUGCAAAGGCAUCAUUCUUCCUCCUCCUUAUGAGAUUUAUCCCUUCUAUUUCGUACGCGCUGACGUUAUCCAAAAGGCUUACAUGCUAAAGAUGAAGAGAGGUCUCCUCGACCACAAACUGUGCGACUUCUAUGGAAUCAAGAAGACUGACAAGGAUGUGUUCAUCAUCGACGAAAACAUCUACGAUUGCCGCACAUGCCUAAGCCACGAGGAUAGACUCCGUUACUUUACUGACGAUAUUGACCUGAACACUUAUUAUUACUAUUUCCACGUUGACUACCCGUUCUGGAUGAGAGAUGAAUGCUUCGACAAGUUGAAAAUGAGGCGUUUUGAACUCACCCUCUACAUGUACCAACAAAUUCUUGCUAGGUAUUACCUGGAACGUCUAUCUCUUGGUUUUGGUGGUAUCAAAACUUUGUCAUUCUACAAAACAAUCAAGGAAGGAUAUUGGCCUUGGUUGAAACUACACAAUGGAGUUGACUUCGCCAAGAGAACCAACAACUAUGUUGUACUUCGUGACGACAAUGUGGACCUCCUUCGCCUGGUAGAAGACUACGAAAUGAUCAUCAAGGAUGCCAUUAUCAAAGGCUUUGUUGAGAUUAAUGGAAGACGGUUUGAACUUACCAAGACAGACGACAUUGAAACGCUUGGUAGACUUAUCUAUGGCAAAGUUGACAGGAUUGAUAUGGACAGGACCCACAUCGAUGCGUAUCGCUAUCUAAUGAUCAUCAUGAAAUCGUGUCUCGGUCUUAACACGUUUAAAACCGACAAAUAUUUCGUCGCUCCUACUGUCCUGGAUCAAUACCAAACUGCUCUUCGCGACCCUGUAUUCUACAAGCUUCAAAAGCGUCUCGUAGAUUUAGUUUUCUUGUUCAAAAAACGUCUGCCAAGCUACACCAAAGAAGAUUUGUACUUCCCUGGAGUUAAGAUCGACAAUGUAGUUGUUGACAAGCUUGUCACCUACUUCGACGAUUACCUUAUGGAUAUGACUAACGCUGUUGUUUUGACUGAUGAAGAAUUCAAGAAAACUACUUCUGAUAUGAAAUUCUUAGUUCGUAAACGCCGUCUUAAUCACCAACCUUUCAAAAUUACUGUCGAUGUCAUGUCUGACAAAGCUGUUGAUUGCGUCGUGAGAUUUUUCCUUGGACCUAAAAAGGACGACAUGGGACGCCUUAUUGACAUCAACAGGAACCGCGUAAACUUUGUUGAAAUAGACUCCUUCCUGUACAAAAUGGUCACUGGUAAGAACACAAUUGUCAGGGACUCUGUAGAUAUGCAUAACCUUGUACGAGACCGCAUGUUUACUCGUGACUUGUGGAAGAAAAUUGAUACCGUCACUGACGUACGCGAUCUAUUUGUCAAGGAUUUGAGAAACUAUCACACUGGAUUCCCUACCAGGCUGCUGCUUCCCAGAGGCCGUGUCGGUGGUAUGCAAUUCAUGCUGUACGUAAUUGUUACGCCUCUGAGACUGGUUGACAAUGUUGACAUUAACAUCUUGGACGUGAAGCGCAAAGACUUCAUGGUUGACUUCAGAUCUACCGUAUUGCUCGACAAGAUGCCCCUUGGCUUCCCAUUCGACCGUCACAUUGACGUUGAUGUCUUCUUCACUCCUAACAUGAAGUUUGUCGACGUUAUGAUCUUCCACAAGAAACAAGUAUGCGACAUGAAGACUCGUUGGAACCGCUGGGUACUGAAGAACUACGAUUUCGUAGAUUUUAAUCGGAUUGACUCUGACACCUAUUUCACGGAUGUUGACAUUCACGACAAAAUGGAUGUCAACCACAGUUUCCACGAUUUUUAAAUUCUUGAAACCAUGGAAAUAAUGAUCACU